CAACUUAUUUAUUAGAUACCGUCAUCCCGAAAUAGGAUCUGCCAACCAUUUCCCAGUUAGGAGCUCCAAAUAGUUGAAUACGAAUCCGACUCCAAAUUCAACAGCACGAUUUCUGGAACCUUCUACAGAAUUCUCAAACGAUCAAAAUUAUUGCCGAAUCUCAUAGAGACUGGGAUCUCUCUCCCCAUUAAACACCCUCCUUCUCACACCAUCCUCUCAGCCAUUCAUUCAUCGAUUCGCAACUUCUAUCCGACCCGUGAUCUGCAAAGAUUGAGAAACUGAAGAAGAGAAAGAGAGCGGAGGAACAAGGUUCCAACAUGGGUGUCGAUUAUUACAAGAUCUUGCAGGUUGAUAAGAAUGCCAAAGACGACGACCUGAAGAAGGCUUACAGGAAGCUUGCCAUGAAAUGGCAUCCUGAUAAGAACCCCAAUAACAAGAAAGAGGCUGAAGCUAAAUUCAAGCAAAUAUCUGAAGCCUAUGACGUUCUCAGUGAUCCUCAAAAGAGAGCCAUCUAUGAUCAGUAUGGCGAAGAGGGUCUGAAAGGUGGGGUUCCGCCUCCCGAUGCUGGAGGAGCUUCUUCCUUUUCAACGGGAGAAGGACCGACGUCGUUUCGGUUCAAUCCCCGAAACGCCGACGACAUUUUUGCAGAAUUUUUUGGGUUUCCGAGCCCAUUUGGAGGCGGUGGCGGCCAUGGAGGGAUGAGGUCGAGGUUCUCUAGUGGGAUUUUUGGUGAUGAUGUGUUCGGAUCAUUUGGGGAGGGAAGGGGUGUCCAUAUGAAUCCAGGCGCUCCUCGAAAAGCUGCUCCGAUCGAGAACAGAUUGCCCUGCAGUCUUGAAGACUUGUAUCAAGGAACCACAAAGAAGAUGAAGAUCUCUAGAGAAAUUGCUGAUGCGAGUGGCAAAACCAUGCCUGUAGAGGAGAUCCUAACUAUCAAUAUCAAACCUGGUUGGAAGAAGGGCACAAAGAUAACCUUCCCAGAGAAGGGAAACGAGCAGCCAAAUGUGACCCCUGCAGACCUUGUUUUUAUUAUCGAUGAAAAGCCUCACAGUGUUUUCACUCGCGACGGAAAUGAUCUGGUUGUGACACAAAAGAUUUCUCUUGCGGAGGCCUUGACUGGUUAUACGGUGCAGCUGACUACCCUGGAUGGAAGAAACCUGACCAUACCAAUCAACAAUGUGAUUCAUCCAAGCUAUGAGGAGGUUGUUCCAAGAGAAGGAAUGCCGCUCCAAAAGGAUCCCACAAAGAAGGGAAAUUUGAGGAUAAAGUUCAACAUUAAAUUCCCAACUAGGCUGACAUCAGAGCAGAAGGCAGGAAUCAGGAAACUCUUGGGUGCCUCACCCUGAGAUCAUCCAAAAUUGAUGAGGCUUUCAUAUGGAAGUUAAGCCUCCUGAAAGGUUGAGUUAUUUCACUGUUUGAUUUGCUUUGAGAUUUCAUGGACUAAGAUAGCAAAAAGGUUGAAGAGAAUCUCUUAGUAGAUCCAAAAUUAAAAAAAAAAAAAAAGAAGAAGAAAAGAAUUCGAUCUUGGUUAUACUUGGCAUGAGUUUAGGGGAUGCGGAAGAAAUGUAGCACACUUGACAGAAUGGGAUAAUUUCGUUUCGUGUAUCUUUAGUAUAAUGAUACAAAUUUUGAUAGAUUAUUUUUGGUUUGUAAGAUUUGUCAUGAGAAUGGGAAAUAAGCACCUUUUGUUCCAAAAUGAUCAGAACAUGAAUUGGUUUGUUGGUGUAUAAAUGUAUGUCUUGUUUUGAUCUA